UCCCCGGCGUCAGGUUGUCAAGAAUGGAGAACUACAGGAUUUUGGAACGAAUCGGAAAGGGUGGACAGGGGUCUGUACAUCUCGUAGAUCACAGAGAGGAUGGAAACAGGUCUGUUUUGAAAAAGGUUGAAUGUCACGAUGAGAGUGAGGCCAACAAGGCCUUCAAGGAGGCCAUGGCGCUGCGGCAGCUGCAGCAUCCCUAUGUGUGCGGCUACAAGGAGUUCUUCGUCAUGUGGGAUAAGGAGGAGUCAUCGAUGUUCGUGUGCAUCGUGAUGGACUACUACAGCAAGGGGGACCUGAAGAAGAUCAUUCAGCAGUACCAGAAGGACAAGCAGCCCAUGGAGGAAGAGGUUGUGAAGAGGUACCUGGGGGAAAUUCUGGAGGCACUUAUAUUUGUACACAGAAAAGGUGUCAUUCACAGGGAUCUGAAGCCAAGCAACAUCUUCAUUCAAGAUAACGACAGCAUCUGCCUCGGGGACUUCGGCGUUGCAACCAUCAUGGGUGACGCCAAGACAUGCACCAGGAACACAGUGGGCACGACCAACUACAUGGCGCCGGAGGUCCAGAACAAUCCGUACGACGAGAGAAGUGAUAUGUGGGCCCUGGGCUGUAUCCUGUUUGAGAUGACGACGACGGCCAUGUUUGAUGGUGUCAUGGUGGCCACGAAGCUGAAGGAAGUAAAGGACGACCCUGGCGUGCUGGAGGAGAUCUUCGAGGAUGUGGCCAAGCAUUUUUCGGGCGACUUGAUCACUGCUAUCCGUCAGAUGCUCAAGUACAACCCCACGCGGAGGCCGACGGCUGAGCAGCUGGUGGAGAAGUGUGCAUACAUCAAGAAGUGUGUCGAGGCCAGGGACUCCUCCAUGUUGGAGAAGAGGAGGAGACAGGCCCAGACGGAAGAAAAGAAAAUCGAUCCUCUAACAUCCGAGUCCCCCGGGAUCCUGGUCGUCCUGGAACACAUCGCCAAUAUGAUUGACAAUGAGGACUGCGUCAAGGAUGGCAUGGAACACCUGGUAGAGCUCACCAAACAAGAUGGCGUCCUCCUAGAGGAGAACAGCAAACGUCUGAUUGCCGCGGCGAUGAGGAAUAACAUCAACAACAAGACUAUACAAAUAGCAGGCUGCAAUGUGUUCAAUAACGUCAUCGUUUCAGUGUUGGAAAUAUGCGCCCGGUUCGGGAAGGCGGAGCCUGCUCAGACUGGGGAUGUUCUGUUCACAUCUGAAAUCAUCUCUGUCAUUAUCCUCGCCAUGAAGACUCACCCAAGCUGUUCGGAGUUGCAGCAAACUGCAGCAGCUAUACUCAUGGCGUUGUCAGCAGACAAUAGGGCAGGCGAGCUGAUCGGCAGUUUGGGCGGUAUAGCUCAGAUACUGUGUGCCAUGAGGACCCAUCUACAGAACCCCGAGCUGUGUGCCACCUGUUGCAGCGCCAUCUGGAGUCUCACAGUCAAUGAAAAUAACUUGCAGACAGCGUACGACAGUCAAGCUCUUGAGACGAUAUGCUCGGCGAUGAAGACACAUCCUGCGUCGCAGGAGGUGGCAGAUGCUGCAUGUGCGGCCCUCUUCUCUCUCUGUUUGGAUGAAAAGAGUUUUGACGUUGUGAAUGACCUGGACACUGUGGGCCUACUUCUCAGUGCAAUAGAAACACACGACAAGAGCGCCAAAGUGGUGAAGAACGCCUGCAUGGCACUGUCUGGACUGGUGGAACCAGAUGAGGAGUGUGCAUACCGAGUACUGACAAGCGAGGGGGGGAGUGAGGCAGCAGAGAGUAAGGACGGCAUCCCCGUCAUCAUGAGGGCGUAUGAGCUGCACAAGGACAACGCCGAUGUUGUGGAAUCUAUUGUCACUCUCAUCAUGGAACUCACAGAAUAUGAUGACAUGAACGCUGAAAUGCACCACCUAGCGGUGGGAUCCCACAUACUGCUCCCCACUCACAAACGUUUCCGGGACAACAGGGACAUCAUGAAGCCGUGUGAGGCGGCCAUGCAGAAGCUCGGAGUCAACAAGCCAUUAUAGACAGCCACCAUUCCUUCUCCCUCAUACACACUGUCGUUAGCAUCAUAGAAACAGAAACAAUUUUCACACUUAAACUAAACAGAUGGGUUAAUAUAUUUCCAAAAUGUUCACCAGACAAGUGUGAAUCAUUUUUAUUUGCCUAAUAUAUUAAUCCACAUGCUGAAUUGCAACAUUCAUUUUUUUAGCGCCUCGACGCCUAACACAGAAUUGUUUUGUUUUCUAACAUUGUGUAAGGCAGGGACUUUUCAACAUUAUUUCACAAGGGCAGAUAACCUGUAAAAUUUAUGUUAUUCAAUAUAUCCUACUGCAAAAUGUCAAAGACUUGCGUGGUUCUUAACUUCUUUUCAGUAGUAUAUAGUAUUUUAUCUUCUUUUUACGGAAAUAAUGUAAAUAACUAUAGGUUUCCCCACUUAAUGUGAAGAUGUCGGCUGAACAGUUUUUGUUGGAACAACUUCACAUAAAAUCACCCGAUCCGUCAUGAACAAGUAUUGACAACUCUUCAUGGAUGACAUCUUGUUGCUAAAGACUGUGCCAUUAUUCAAACAUUUAAACAGUUGGCAUGAACCAGCCAAUCAGCAUUAUGCGAAACUUUUGAUGCUCAGUUAGAUCCACUGAAAAUAAUUUCACCGAUAUUCCGAUUCCCGGAAAUAUUUUGUCAUUAUAUGUGGCAUCUAUGAAUGAAAGCAUAAGUGCAGUCCAGGAAUUAAUUUGUCUUACUGUAGAGGAAAUUGUCCUCAGGUGCAGGGAUGUAAUAUUUGCUAAUCCCUAUGGAUGAUUUUAAAACAUGUUUGCUUCAAAACUUCUGCUACACUGUACAAAUACUAGUAUUUGUUGUGGUGGUUGUUAUUUUGUUGAUAUGAGAAUGUGAAGAAUGUUGUAGAGACUAUAGAAUUACUGUGAUCUAAGUUGGGUGCUUGGGGUCUGUGUCGGCAUCCAUUGCUCAUUGUCAUGUCAGAAUAGGUUUGGCCAAUAUCUUUGUUGUUAUUGUACAAGUUAUGUUCUCAGUUUGUAUCGUUUGAUUUUUGAGGAAAUGUUUUGUCUGAGAGUUAACCUUUUUUUUAUCAUUUGUCAUGUACAAGUUGAUUUCUUGGGCCAGUUGGUUCUGCUCAAGCAUUUAUUUCUGUGAAUUUGAUAAUAUUUUGUAUGUGAAACUGUUAUAUUUCCUGGCGAGUGUGAGAGUGUCAGUGUUUUGUUACAAGUUGUAGUACAAUCAUGAAACGAAGUGCCUAAAUAAGUGCAAUCCUGACUGGAUUGAACAAUUCACACUAGGGCUGGGACGAGUCCAAAUGUACCACCCGGGUACCCACCACCCUAUUACCCGACCCUACCCGGGUACCCGCUGUAGAUAUUUAGAGAUGGGUACAAAACGUCCGAUUUGGGAAAGUUUGACUGUAGCCCUGGUAAAUUGUACUGAGAUACAUGUGUAAAAGGAUCCGGUCAUGUAUACACUGAAGGUUACUGCAUGAAGUUUUAUCUUUAUUCAAACAUAUAAAAGUCAGAAGGAAUGGGUGCAUUGUCAGAAAGAAAUGGGAACAUUAGUGACUUAUAGUGUAACCACAGAGUUUAAAUCAAUUUUGUCAUUAAACAAUAUAUCACGUGACUAACCACGGGUCCGGGUACCCGGGUCCUACUCAGGACCCACCCGACCCGAGUAUCCGAGUUACCCUUCCCAGCCCUAAUUCACACCACACAAUCCUAAAUGGAUUGAACAACUUCAAUAUACACCAAUAGCUUUCCGUAAUAGCCUUAUGUUUCUGUCCCUGUCAUUAAGAUGUCUUUAUCAUCAAACAUGUGAAUGGGCUCAUUUAGGGCCACACUGUGUUUCUUACCAGCCCUGAAUUAGUGAAAUAGUAUAUUUUCCUUUGGUUUUAUGAAAGGGUGUACCCUUAUCAGCUGUAUAGACCUUCAUGCAACAACUUUCAUGAUAUAUCCUAGAUCAGGGCCACUGUAUAUGUUUCAUCAGCCCUUACCCAGGAUUCAAGUAAUAUGUGUUUUCAAUGUCUCCAUCUUACACAAAUAUGUAUUUACAUUUCCUGAUUUGUGCUAAACACGGGCAAAUCAGAAAAUGUACACAGCGGUGAUUUGUUUUCCAAACUUGUUUGUUUCUACAAAAUAAAAUCCAAAUGGAAUGCAGAACAAUGCUUAAUUAUAGGAGGUGAGGUAAUCUAGACUUGCCAAAUCAUUCUAGACUUAAGCUGGAUUCAUUUUUCUUAUUUAUUCCCAAGCGUCUGGGUGACAGAUUAGACCAGAGCCAAGAGCCACAAUCUCAAAAUCGAACAAAAGAGUUUAAAAUAUAUUUUUUAAUUGCCCAACUACCUCAUCUUUGAUGGUUUUGAAAAAGAGAAAUAUAAAACGACAGAUAUCAUAGAUAGUGAAAGUACUAUGACCGUUUUAUGUUAUUGAUAAGAUGCAUCGCAUGUUACUUGGAAGUCAAAGGUCAUUUGUUUGCGUCACUGAAUGCCCGAUACAUAGAGAUUUCACCCGAGAUCCUUAAAUAUAUCAAAGACGAAAUGAUGAAAUUUCCUAGGGAUAUUUUGAUAUAUUUGAGCUUGGAAAACAAGAUUCUAUUUAUCAUCCAAAGUAAUACUACAACCUUUUUCUGUUCGUGCAACGUAAUAACCAGGGUCUGGGCCUCAUUCCUCAAAGCGAUCUUAGCGCCACAGUGAUCGUAAGCCUAUGUUCAAAUAUGGGACUUACGAUCACCUUAGCGCUACGAUUGCUUUGAGGAACGGGGCCCUAGAGUGUAAAAAGUACAGCUACAGCUUCAGUGGCAGUGAGAAGAGUGAUGUCAUUGGAUUGUGGUGUCAUGGUAACCAAUGAUGUCACAAUGGUUUGCAAGCAUUGUGAUGUAAUUUCAUUGUAGUAUAUUUCCUCUGAGAUAUUGCUUGAUCUCGCCCAAGCCAUAUCUCCUGUGGGAACCAGUUUUGUAAAAAAUCUCAUAAAAACCAGAGGGUAAGUGUUUUAUCUAACUUAAAAAAACCAAAAGAAACUUAAAACAACAUUUUUAAGUUUCAAAAGUCUUUCCAUUGAACCUUAGGAAAGGGGCGUAAAAUAUCUGUUGCUGGCAUACUGGUACUUCAAAAAGACAUUCUAAAAAGUAUUGUGAUUUGUAAGCGCCUCUGUAGCCUUGUGGUACACUCACUGGGCUAGAUACGAAGGUUGCAUGUUUGAUUCCCAGGAAUAUAAAGAAAACAUUUGUCAUUUGAUUUUACAUUUCAUUACAUUGUGUUAAAAUUUCUAGCGAGAAACAUUCAUAUGUUACAAUAUAAACAGAUAAAUCCCUGGAAUAUUAUAUAAAA